ACAUUUAUCGUUAAUGUUGCGACAUAUAGCGUCAGUAGGAUUUCCGAAUUCCUUGCGACAUUUAUCGCCAAGGUUGCGACAGAUCUCGUAGCCUACGACAAAUAACGGUGAUGCGAUAUUUAACGGCGCUACAAUGCGCUUAUGGUUUAAGGUAAAUUAUUUUGGAAAAAGGAGGAUGAAAAUAGGAAGUGUGUUAGUGACAGGGGCAAACAGGGGGUUAGGCCUGGAGUUUGUGAGACAGUUUCUAGCACUUCCAACUCCACCAGAACACGUGAUAUCCGCGUGUAGAAACCCGGAUGGAGCUAAGGACCUGCAUGAUUUGAAGAACAAACAUAAGAAUCUCAGCAUCGUCAAAGUCGAUCUAAAUGACACAGAACAUCUCGAAGAAGCAGUCAAAGAGGUCGAGGCAACACUGGGAAAUAGCGGUUUGAAUCUUCUCAUUAAUAAUGCUGGGAUAGCGAGUAGGGACAAUCUUGAUACUAUCACUGCUGAAGAAAUGAUGAGACACUUUCGGGUCAACACCGUCGGCCCUCUCAUGGUUACCAAGGUGUUCCUGCCAUUACUUCGCAAAGCGGCUGGGAGUGGCGGGGAGGGCGCUUCCAUCAACCAGGCGACAGUCUGUAGCAUAAGCUCCGGUGUCGGGUCAAUCGGAGAAAACGACUCGGGUGGUGCUUAUGCGUAUAGGACAUCCAAGGCCGGGCUCAAUAUGAUAACGAAGAACAUGAGCAUUGACCUCAAGAAAGACGGAAUUAUAGUGGUCAGUAUCCACCCAGGCUGGCUGAAAACCGACAUGGGGGGUCCAAACGCAACAAUGGAAGCGGACGUGAUGGCAAAAAAGAUCAUUGACCUAAUGGGAACCUUCACCUCGGACGAGUUCACUGGGAAAUUGUAUCAUUUCAGUGGCAGAGUAAUGCAGUUUUGAGUUUUAGAAACGAGUAUGAAAUGUGACUGUGGAAUCAAGUAUGACUGCUAUGAAAAUUCUAGAAUUUCAAUAAUAAGUUUCGUAACUUAAGACAAAAAUUAUUUUACAAUUUAUUGGGCACAUUACAGUUUAAAGACAACAGGAGUGGUGGGAAGGCGGAUUUAUUGGGCGUACACGUUUAAUCUCUUCAAUUCAAAGUUUUAGCUUUUUAUUAGGUUAAGAUGUUACGCCAGUGACAAUAUAAAAGAGAUAUUAAUAUAACACGUUUCAAAUGAAUCUCAUUACACACAAGAAAACAAUUGUUUUGAUACUUUGGUUUUUAUAUUUUUCUUAAACGCAAACAGAGGCUCACAUUCACACCUUGGAAUUAUUUUUAUAUUCCAUGUUCAUAUUUUUUCUGUACAAACCAUUCCAGAAGUGUUAAAAUUCUAAAUAUAUAACCGUUAAAAUUAAAAAAUGUUGCGUUCUUUAAAAUAAGGAAACAAAUAACACUUUUUGAUCAUUA